AAAAGUUUGUUGUGGGUUUUGUUUUACGCGCCGGGAGAUACCACUCUGGGGAAUAUGAAACUUUUUAGGGGUGGUCAAGCGUCAAAUUAGAAAAGGUAAAAGAUCGUACGUUAACAACGACAAUAUUCAAGGCAUAAUCAUACUGAAUGCAUGCCAUUAUUAGCGCAUCAUUUCUAUCUAUCUAUUCAAUAUGACUGUAUUAGAAUGAUUUCUUGCAAAUCUGAAGUUGUUUUUCUUGUGGGGUCGCCCCUGUAUUUCCCAGAGCGCAUGCCUGGUGACCCCACUUGACCCGCCCCAGGGGUGAGACCAGGCAUGCUGGCAUGAAUGAGUGUGUUGUGAUUUGAUCCUCCGUUGGUGCAGCGGCGGUGUGUGUGUUUUCUCUCUCCCCUUCUUCCCUCCAGAAUUCCACACCAAAUCUUCUACAGCACAGUCCGCUGUGUGGACAGACCACGCGAAGAAACAGCCAAGAAUCUGGACCGAAAUCCCGGAGUAGAAACUCCGAGGUUUGUGCAACAGAUUACGACUUGAGGACCUGGACUGGAGCUUGACCACCCUGUAACAACAAGCCGCAGGGCUUUUCUAUGAUUUGGAAUGGUCCGCAUUCCUGCAGGUUGUUCCCACUGCCUUCUGUAAACCCAACAAGCCUCGGAUCGCAUCGCCAAUGACCACGCCGCCACCCCGGGUCUCGCAGGACAGCUGUGUAGUAGGAAGGGACGCUCGGGGACCGUGCUCGCGGAAUGGGCGCCAUGGAGGGGGAGUGUUACUUCUAUGAUUUCUACGACUUCGGCGGGGGGCUCGGCAGCAUGAUCCGGCAUGCGCCCGAGCUGGAGGAGAUCACCAUUCUUCCUGAGACGCCCGCGUCUCCGCUCAACACCACCACCACCACGAACACAAACUUUAACUUCGAGAUGAGCGAUGACGCCAGUCCGAGAGGCGUGUUGACGCCGGACAUGAUUCGGAUAGAAUAUCCGCAACUGCCACUGGCCAUUGAAGAUAAGUGGAAGCCACUCUUUGACAAGUACGACCUUGACCGUGACGGUGUGAUCUCCGUGCAGCGGUUUCUGCGUGUGCUCCAGCACCGUGACAUGGCGGGAGACAUCGACGCCCACCACCUCAGUCUGGUGCAGGAGCUUCUACAGCAGGACGACAUGGGCAACAUCAGCUUCCAGCAGUUCGUCAACAUUAUGAGUAACAAAAGAAGGAACAGUUUCCGUUCUGCGGUCCUGUCGAGGGAUCGAUGUCUAAACAACGGCGACGUCAGCAGCUACCAGCUGGUGCAGCCUGACGACCUGCCCAAGACCUGCUUCCAGAAGUCUGUCCACAGGGUGGCGAAGGAGGUCCUGACGGAGGAGUCGGACAGGAAGAUUUACUCUGACUACUACAGCUGCUUCCCUCCUCCACUGCUCAUGAUUAUACUCAGUCUGGUUCAGCUGGGUUUCUUUGUGUACUAUGCUGCUACGUGGGACAGUUUCUCAGCGGCCGGCUGGCUGUCAGGCCCAGUGCCUGUGGACAGCCCCUUCAUCUACAACCCAGCCAAGAGACUUCAGAUCUUCAGAUUCUUCACAUACAUAGUGCUACAUGCAGGUGUGGAGCACCUGGUGUUUAACCUGGCGGUACAGCUGCUUUUAGGGGUCCCACUGGAGAUGAUCCACGGAACCUUCAGGGUGGGGGCUGUCUACCUGGCUGGUGCUCUGGCAGGUUCCAUGAGCACAUCCGUGAUAGACAGGACUGUGUACUUGGUGGGAGGGUCAGGAGGUGUCUAUGCACUACUGGCAGGUCAUCUCGCAAAUGUCCUAACGAACUAUACAGAGAUGCAAGAAACAUUUGGUAUAGCCAAGAUUGGACUAAUACUUAUUAUCACUAGUGCAGACGUGGGAUUUUCCAUAUGGAGAAGGUACAACGACCAUCCGAAGGACACCCGAGUCAGCUUUCUGGCGCACUUGUUUGGUCUGCUCGCAGGCUUGACUAUUGGGUUACUGAUCCUGAGGAAUUUUGAACAGAAGCUGCAUGAGAGAGUCAUGUGGUGGGUUUCCUUGGUGGUGUAUGCAGCCUGUAUCAUUUUCACCAUCUUCUGGAAUAUCUUCUACUACUGAAUGACGAACAUGGAGUUCUGGUACGAUCAGCUAGGGGGACUCGCUGUUACAGUACAGUGACAACUGUUUUUGCAGUGUUUGCAGGGAGCAACUCCAUUCUACAGCAAGGGAUCACUUCCAGUGCAAUCUGCUAGAUGGCCUUCCUGACAACUGCUACCUCAAUACAUGUACAUUCAGUACUCCUCUGAUGUGAAUGCAAAACAUUCCAAUGUGCUCUAUUUCAGCGCAUAAUGAAAGAGAACAUACUGAGGCUCUUGUGGUUGUGUUACUGUUUGAUAUCAUUGUAUGAAAAAGAGCAUAGUCAUAUAGCCAUGGUACAUAUUAUAGUAUAUAAGUUGAGAAGAGCAUAGCCAUACACACUAAGCAACACUCACUCGUUCUUUUGAAAGUAUCUAUUUUACGACCUACCACAAUUGAGACAAAUUUGGUCAAAUGUCUACUGGUGCUAACUUGUCAGGUUAUAAGUAGCCAGUAAUAGUUUGAUUCUCUCAAGGUCUUUGAAAGAUAGGAGAUAUUUUGUACCCUACAUGUAUGUGCUAGUAUUGUGCUUUGUAUUUAUUGAGUUUUCCUGAAUCCAUAUCCAAUGAAUUCUGUAUAGGAAAAUGGACUAUUGUUGUUUGAUACCAAUGUGACAGUGUAGCUAAAAGGUGCAGGGCAUCAGCCAAUGUUUUAUUUGUUGUUGAUACUUUUAUAUCUAAGAGUAGGAGCUUUAAUCUAAAGUGCCUUCAAAGUGGUCAAUGGCCUUUUUUUUACUAAGAAUAUCCAUAGAUUAAGAAAAUGUUGAUCAUUUUGCCACAAUCAAAUAAAUGAGUGAAGAAAGGCAGCUCAGUUGAUCAGGUACAAAAAAUGUAUUAGAAUUUACAGUGAAAUUUGAUGUAAGUUGAUAUGUUUGUGAAACAGUCAUUGAAGUUGCUAAUGGUUACCUAUUAUGUAUAUGUCCAAAUAGUCUACAUAUUGUCAUAUAAACAGAAAAUGGAUCAAUUGAGGCAUUUGACAGCAAUGCUAUUCUUUGUACAAUACAAUUGUUCCCAUGAAUGAUUUUUAAUGUACAAAAAGACAACAGUGUAUUUGUAACAAGACCACAUCUUGAUAAUGUGACUUAUCAAAUUGUCACAAUGUAGAAAGUGUUAACCAGAUUUGUUUCACUUUCAGGAAAUUUUCUACCAACAGCUAUUUUGACGUUACAUGUAUAUAUAUGUAGAUAUUUGUGCAAUUGCUAGAGUAUGAAUACAAAUUGUUGCACCUAUGAUGUUGCCAUUUGAUGAAUAAAUUUUGUAGCAGUGUAUCAUCAGUCCUUUGGUUUACCACUACAAGAA